AUGUAUCUCCAUCAGUACGACUACAUCUUUGCCAUUGGCACGUUGUUUGCUAUGCUUGAUGCAUACAACAACGGUGCAAACGAUGUCGCCAACUCCUGGGCUACCAGUGUCUCCUCACGGUCCAUCUCCUAUCGUCAGGCCAUGAUCCUGGGUACCAUCUUCGAGUUCCUUGGAGCAGUCACUGUCGGCGCCCGUACUGCUGAGACCAUCAAGAACGGCAUCAUCCCUACCUCCGCCUUCCAGAAUAAUGCCGGUGUCCAGAUGCUGGCUUUCACCUGCGCCCUCGCUGCCGCUUCCUCAUGGGUGAUGUGGUGUACCCGUCACUCUGCUCACGUCUCCUCCACCUACUCUCUCAUCUCUGCCGUCGCUGGUGUCGGUGUUGCAACUGUCGGUGCUUCCAAGGUUCAAUGGGGUUGGAACAAUGGCAAGGGUCUCGGUGCCAUAUUCGCUGGUCUGGGCAUGGCUCCCGUCAUCUCUGCUGGAUUCGGUGCUUGCUUCUUUAUGCUCAUCAAGCUGAUCGUCCACAUGCGCCGCAACCCUAUCCCCUGGGCCGUCUGGAGUGCUCCUUUCUUCUUCCUUGUUGCCGCCACCAUCUGUACCCUUUCCAUCGUUUACAAGGGUUCCCCUAACCUGGGCCUGAGCAAGAAAGCCCCCUGGUACAUUGCCGCCGUCACCGUCGGCACUGGUGGUGGUGUCUGCCUCCUCUCCGCCAUCUUCUUCGUUCCCUGGCUGCACGCCCGUAUCAUUAAGAAGGACUCCUCCAUCAAGUGGUACCACGUCAUCCAGGGCCCUCUCCUCUUCAACCGUCCCAUCCCCACCGAUUCCGAGGUCGCCAAGGUCCCUAACUACGCCGUGAUCCAAGACGAGGAAGAAGACGCCCACCUCCACAUCCACGAGAAGCAAGCCCAAACUGGUGUGGCCUCUAUCUCCGCCUCCACCGAUGAGCACUCCGUCGACAAGCUCGAGGCCAACCAGCUCUCCUACAAGGAACUCAUGGCCCAGUCCGACGCCCGCCACAACGCCAGGCUCCUCAACAGCCGCGGUCCUCUCGGCUGGGCUAUGCGCCUCCUCCGCGACAAUCCCAUGGGCUCCGGUGAAAUCUACGAGCUGCGCAAUAUGAUGAUCAUGGCCAAGCGCGUCCCCGCCAUUCUCACCGUCGGCCUCCUAUACGGUUUCCACUACGACAUCCAUAGCGCCCAGAGCGGUGUCCAGGGUACCCCCGAGGGUGAACGCAUGAAGCGCGUCUACGCCCAUGCUGUAAAGUACCCCAACGAGGUCGAGCACACCUAUUCUUUCAUCCAGAUCAUCACCGCCUGCACUGCCUCCUUUGCUCACGGCGCCAACGAUAUCGGUAACUCCGUCGGUCCUUGGGCUGCUAUCUACUCCGCCUGGUCGACUGGUGAUCCUUCCAAGUCUAAGAACCCGGUUCCUAUCUGGCAGCUUGCUGUUCUGGCUCUUUGCAUUUCUAUCGGUCUCUGCACAUACGGUUACAACAUCAUGAAGGUCAUGGGUAACAAAAUCACCUACCACUCUCCCUCCCGUGGUUCAUCCAUGGAAAUGGGCGCCGCCAUCACCGUCCUCGUCUUCUCGCAGUAUUCUCUACCUGUCUCUACCUCCAUGUGUAUCACCGGUGCUACUGUCGGUGUCGGUCUCUGCAAUGGCUCGUUCAAGGCUGUUAACUGGCAGCGUGUUGGUCUCUUGUUGCUUGCUUGGAUCAUGACUAUUCCUAUUGCUGGCACCAUUGGUGGGUGUCUCAUGGGCUUGAUCAUUAACGCCCCUCAUUUCCUCAGUUAG